UACAAGGAAGACUACUUCCUGUUAAUAUGGCGGACAAAGACAAAUCUACAAGUAUACUUCCCCUUUCGCGGGUUAAAACAAUCAUGAAAAGUUCACCAGAUGUCUCUAGUAUAAGUCAAGAGGCACUAUUCAUUACAGGCAAAGCCACGGAAUUGUUCAUUCAGGCACUGGCAAGAUUCUCCUUGGAACAGAACAAGGAUCAGAGCAGUGUUGAGUACAAAGACUUAGCAGAAAUUGUCAACACGGAAGAAACAUUGCAGUUCUUACAAGACAUCAUCCCACGGAAAAUAAAGGCUAAGGAGUAUUUCCAGAUGUUGAAGAACGGAGACAGUGAAGUGGACACAUGAUGAUCAGAUCAGUUAGAACAGAAACAUUGUUGAUACGUUCCAAGACGACAUGAGCUGAAGAAAUUGCAAGGCCAUGUUUUUGUAAUAUCACCAACAUGCAGAUUCCAGCUAGUUUGAAGUAUCCAGUAACCAUGGUAACUUCAUCAUGACCCGUGGACAUUGCUGCUCUUUACUCAUAACAUAGAACCUUAGUAGUGUCAUGUUGAGGGGUUCAGCUACAUUAUUCAGUCCUUGUCCAGCAGCAGCAGCAGCUUGUGGCUCACUGUCAGUGACCAGGUUCUUUGUAUACUUCCACUUGACAUGAGUGAGCUCAGAUUCUGUGUCAGCAAGAUUCCAACAUUAUUGUGACUCCUAUGGAUAACCAUUUUCUCCGGCCACAAACCUGUAUGAGAAAUGUCAGGGCUGUAGAUUUAGGAGGUGCUACUAAAGAUUAGGGCAAAUAUGAAUGUAGAAAUGAUAAGAUGCUCACACCUCGACCUGUAUAACUAUAACAUGAAAUGUGUCAGGGUGAUGGCAGCUAUAACCUGACCUGUGUCAGGUCUGAUCACAGAGCAUUGUCUGUUUGUAUGUUUCAUUUCAAACCUAAAUCUACUGGUAAUUUACAUGACAAAUUAGUAUUCUGUACAUUUUCCAAAACAUUUUUGUACUUAGGUGUAGAGUAGACUGAGAAUAAAUGAUUUGAAAAGA